GGAAUCAAAUAUCGCCGAUACUAAUAUAGUCACGUGACGUUGGGGUUGACAAUUUGCAGGACUGAUUUCGGGAGAAAGGGAUACCACUGAAACACCUGAGAAGUAUCCAGCAAUAGGCUUUUCAUACUCUGGGCUUAAAACCAGGUCAUCGCGCGUUCACUCGCUGAAUGUAAACAUUGCCCGUCACUGCAGGGUGAUUAUGAAUGACAUUGAGGUUAGCGUUCCUCUCACUAUCAGGUCCCAGGAGAGUGAUAUCAGAGAUCCUCCCCAGCAGAAUUCGCACGUCAACAUUCCCUGCUGUGGGUCUACCCUCCCGACCCAGGGCCUGGGGGAGAAGGAGGGGCAGGUCAGUGAUAUUGCACGUCAGCUGGAGUACCGUGUGGCCGACAAUCCUCCCGUUCACCUCAGCUUUAUAUAUGGCUUACAGCAAGUCCUCCUCAGCAUCAGUUCCACGAUUUCCAUCCCCAUUAUUGUCAGUAAAUACAUCUGCGCCGGCGAUCUGGACCUCGUCACGGCCGAGAUCAUGUCCACCUUUCUGUUCAUGUGCGGAGUAUGCACUUUUCUACAAUGCACGAUCGGGGUCAGACUCCCCAUUAUCCAGGGUGGCUGCCAUAAGUUCCUUCCCGCCAUAUCGGCCUUGAUGAGUCUCCCCAUGUGGAAGUGUCCAGAGAUCCAAGUAUCCACAACAGGAAAUCUAACGACAACCAACAGUUCCAUCAACAGUACAGAGGUUCCGGGGUACGACCGGACGGAAGUGUGGCAGUCACGAAUGAGAGAGAUACAGGGCGGUAUAAUGCUGGCUUCACUAACACAAGUUCUGAUUGGUUCUACCGGUCUGUUGGGCUGGCUCCUGCGGUUUAUUGGACCACUGACAAUAGUACCUACCAUCACGCUGGUAGGCUUGUCCCUGAUCGAUGUGUCUAUCCAGUUCUGUGAGACUCAAUGGGGGAUAGCGGCAAUGACAUUGUUUUUGGUUUUGCUGUUUUCACUUUAUCUUGGAAACAUAACGUUACCACUGAAAGUUUACAAGAGAAAGAAGGGAUGUGUGACCAUCAGAUACCCAGCAUUCAAACUACUUCCGGUUAUCCUGGCGGUUCUGAUAGCCUGGUUGGUUUGUGGUAUCUUGACCACCACUGGUGUUUUCUCUGAUGAUCCGAAAUCUCUGGAAUACCAUGCCAGGACAGAUGCAAAUCUAAAUGUCUUACACAACGCAAACUGGUUCUUUUUCCCAUAUCCUGGUCAGUGGGGAAUGCCAACAUUGAGUGCAGCAAGCUAUAUGGGAAUGUUGGCAGCAACACUGACAUCUAUCAUUGAAUCCGUCGGAGAUUACUACGCGUGUGCCAGGAUAUCCGGCGAAUCACCACCACCUGCGCAUGCAGUAAACCGAGGAAUUGCAAUUGAAGGUUUUGGCAGCUUAAUCUCUGGAGCAGUUGGUUCAGGGGGUGCAACUACCUCAUACAGCCAAAACGUCGGCGCUAUAGGUUUUACAAAAAUUGCUAGCAGGCGAGUGUUCCAGGCGGCUGGGAUCAUCUUCCUCCUCUGUGGAAUUUUUGGGAAAUUCGGUGCGCUUUUGACCAUGAUGCCUAAGCCAGUUCUGGGGGGUAUAGUUGUGAUUAGCUUCGGUAUGGUGACGUCUGUGGGGCUGUCGAGUUUACAGUUUGUGAACUUAUCCUCCGGUCGGAAUCUCUGUAUUAUAGGACUGUCGCUGUUACUAGGACUUAUGAUUCCUAGUUACCUUCACAGAAAUAAUGGCGCCAUAAGGACGGGAAACGCAGAGGCGGAUCAAGUCCUAUCGGUUUUACUGAGUACGUCUAUGUUUGUCGGAGGUGUGAUAGGAUUCAUCCUAGAUAACACGGUCCCAGGUAGUAGAGAGGAACGCGGGAUCCUGAAAUGGAAGCAGGUGUCUUCUACUAGAUCAGACGACAAGAGGAAGAGGCACCGGGUGUAUGAGCUCCCAUUUGUGACCGAUUUUUUGUACCGACACAAAGCAUUUCAUUACAUACCAUUCCUACCAAGUUUCAGGGCUUAUAGUGAUACAAAAAACAAUUGCAAAGAUCUCAGAGAAUAACCUUAUUCAUCAUUUCAAUGACAAAUGGUUAAGAAUGCAAUUGUGUUUCAAAGUGGUGUUAUCAAGAUUUUCUAUAUUCAAUCGUCGUAUCGAUGUUAUGCAUUAUAUGAUAUUAUAUGAUAUAUGUAGAUGCGAAUAAAGGUUUUAUAUAUUUCGCCUGUUUUAUGCUAGAAUAUUGUAGAAAACUUGAACCAAGCAUUUUUUACACAAAUGUUAAUUGAUUAUGUGAAUAAACUUUUAUAUCAUUUCU